ACUCAGUCUGUGGUUUCUUGUAGAAUGGAACAUGAGGCCUUCCAGCUAGAAAAGCAACAUGUCCAUAAGGUCUAUGAAAGCACAGCCUCUUAUUUCAAUGACUUGCAAGGCAAAGCGUGGCCUCGGGUCCGACAGUUUCUACUUGAACAGAAGCCUGGCAGCCUGAUUGCAGAUAUUGGCUGUGGGACUGGAAAAUAUCUUGAUGUCAACCACCUAGUGUAUAAUCUUGGAUGCGAUUAUUGUGGCCCCUUAAUAGAGAUUGCAAGAAAUAAAGGCUGUGAAGUAAUGAUCUGUGAUAACCUACACCUCCCUUUUCGGGACCUGUGCUUCAAUGCCAUCAUCUCCGUGGGAGUGAUUCAUCAUUUCUCCACAAAACAAAGACGAAUCCAGGCGAUCCAGGAAAUGGUCAGGGUGCUGGAACCAGGUGGCCAAAUGAUGAUUUACGUCUGGGCUAUGGAGCAAAAAACCCGACAUUUUGAGAAACAGGACAUAUUUGUCCCUUGGAACAAAGCCUUGUGUUCACGGUUGCUUUCAGAAUCCAACAAAACUGGUAUUGCAUCCCCUACGGAAACUCAGACAAUGCACUCAAAGCCACCGAUAAGUUCAAAAUGCAGCCACCCUGGUCUCCUUGAUCAGAAACAUCCACUGAGAUUGGGUAACUGCCUCCCUGGAUCCUGCUGCGUGAAAAUGACUGAAGAUGAAGAAAAAAGAUUUUAUGGUGCCCUGGGGAGAUCUUUUCGUUCCUGGUUUUCCUCCAGGUCACUUGACGAGUCUGCCUUAAGAAAGCAAAAUGAAAAGAUGGAGCCCUUGAAGGAUGCGGUGGGAUGGACGAGCAACGCCAUUUCUAUUCAGCCCCUCAGGCACUGCAGUGUAGACUUAGGGUGUCAGUCAGCAUUGCUCAGGGAACGGCGGCUAGAUCACUAUGACGACGUGUUUACAAAGUGUGUGGCUUGUAAAGAAAUCCAGCGGCUGGCAGCUUCAGGGUCACUGAGGGGUUUUAACGGGGAGCCGGCUACAUUAGUCCAACACCACAACGGGGAAACCUCGUUUCUAAGAGGGUCUGUGGAAAACAUAAAGAAUAGCUGUAGCCAUCAAAGCAAGAGUCAUUCCUUUGCAGGAAAACCCUUUAGAAGGAUUUCAUCUGUUGGCUCCAGUGACUCGGUGGUAGACUCGGCGGUGGCGGUGGGAGACUGUGCGGUUAACGGACAGGACCCCAGAGCCUUUAUGCGCUAUUACCAUGUUUUUCGCGAAGGGGAGCUGUGCUCUCUCCUCGAAGAAAACGUUCCUGAGGUUCGCAUAGUAAGUUCAAGCUAUGACCAUGGAAACUGGUGCAUUAUUGUGAGGAAAACAAUAAGCAACGGCUGA